CAUGUUAGCUGUUCGCGGUUUUGUUUAACCGGUGUGAAAGGUUGGGGAAUUCUGGGCCAAUCCUGAGGUGACGGAAUUGAAGAAGUCCGAGAGAGAGUUUCUGUCCCCGCUGCACAGAGGCGGGUCUCAGGCUCGACGCCGCCGCCCGGGGUGCCCCAUCCCAGGCCUCGGAUCGGGACCGCCGCGCCCGUCUACUCUCUCCUGUCCUGGCCCCGCUCCGCCCCCCAGAGUCCGAUGGCAGCGGCAGCGGCGAAGAACCCGCUUCAGGUCAGUGUGACCUUUGAGGAUGUGGCUGUGUACUUCUCCUGGGAGGAAUGGGGUCUCCUUGAUGAUGCUCAGAGAUGCCUGUACCACAGCGUGAUGCUGGAAAACUUGUCACUUGUAAUCUCCUUGGGUUGUUGGCAUGGAGCAGAGGAUGAAGAGGCACCUUCUGAACAGAACAUUUCUGUACGUGGACUGUCACAGGUCAGGAUUCCCAAAGCAGGCAUGUUCUCCCAGAAGGCCCAUUUUUGUGAGCUAUGUGACCUGGACUUGGGAGACAUUUUGCACUUGACUGAGCAUCAGAAGCAGAAACUGUAUGAUAUUGGGGCAUGGGAGAAACACUUGUAUUUCAGUGUAAAACAUCAGCACCGCAAGCAGCACAUUGGAGAGAAAUGCCUCAAAAGCAAGAUGGGCAAAGCCUCAUUUAUGAACAACUGCAGAUUUUUUGUGUUGGAGAAGUCAGUUUCCUGUGGGGAGUCCACACAGACCAGGGAUAAGUCAAAUAGGAGAACUGAGUGUGGAGCAGCCUUUCAUAGGGGGAAAACUCGUUACAGCCCUGGAGAAUGCACUGAAGACUUCAGUUGCAGACAUAUACUUUCUCAGCACCAGAGAGUCCCCAUUAGAGAAAAAUGCUACACGUGCAGUGAAUGUGGGAAAUCUUUUAGCAAAAGCUACAGCCUCAAUGACCAUUGGAGAGUUCAUACAGGAGAAAAGCCUUAUGAGUGUGGGGAAUGUGGGAAAUCCUUUAGACAGAGCUCUAGCCUCAUUCAGCAUCGGAGAGUUCACACUGGAGCAAGACCUCACGAGUGUGAUGAAUGUGGAAAAUUAUUUAGCAACAAAUCCAACCUCAUUAAACAUCGGAGAAUUCAUACUGGAGAAAGGCCGUAUGAGUGUAGUGAAUGUGGGAAAUCCUUUAGCGAAAGCUCUGCACUCCUUCAACACCGGAGUGUUCACACUGGAGAAAGGCCUUAUGAGUGCAGUGAAUGUGGAAAAUUCUUUACCUACCAUUCCAGUCUCAUAAAACACCAGAGAGUUCACUCUGGAUCAAGGCCCUAUGAGUGCAAUGAAUGUGGAAAAUCCUUUACCCAAAACUCUAGCCUCAUUGAACACCGUAGAGUUCAUAGUGGAGAAAGGCCUUACAAGUGCAGCGAAUGUGGGAAAUCUUUUAGCCAAAGCUCUGCACUUCUGCAGCAUCGGAGAGUUCACACUGGAGAGAGGCCUUAUGAGUGCAGUGAAUGUGGGAAAUUCUUUACUUACAGCUCCAGUCUCUUAAAACACCAGAGAGUUCACACGGGAUCAAGGCCUUAUGAGUGCAGCGAAUGUGGGAAAUCUUUUACUCAAAACUCCAGCCUCAUUAAACACAGGAGAAUUCAUACUGGAGAAAGGCCUUAUGAGUGUAGUGAAUGUGGGAAAUCUUUUAGCCAUCGCUCUAGCCUUAUUAAACACCGAAGAGUUCACACUUGUUAAAGGCCCGAUAAGUGCAGUGAGUUUGGGAAAUCUUUUACCCAUAAGUCCAGCUUCAGUGACCACUACAGUGUUUACAUCGGAGAAACGCUUUGUGCGUAUUUGCAUGUGGGAAAUUAAUCUUUAGGCUCCUAAAACAGAAUAAUGUCACAUUGGAUGAACGCCUUGUGAGUAUGGCAGACAUGGAAAAUCGUGUAGCUUAAGUCUAGCUUCAGUAUGCUCCAGAGAAUUCAGUGGAGAAAGGCCUUAUAAGUUCAGCAAAUGUGAGAAAGCCUUCAGCUGAAGAACGUAUCUCACUGGAUACCACAAAUUUCAAAUGGGAGCACUACCUUCAAUGUGCAGGUAUAUAUGAUUUCUUUGUUGAGUGCAACAACACUGGAGGAGAGCCCUUAUGAAGAUGCCAUUUGCCUGUUUUGAACCUCAUUCAUCCAAACAUCCACUUAAUUUCAGGCGAUACUGCAUCUUGCUCAGCACUGUUGAAGGAAAUCUGUUCCCCAAGUUCUGCAGUGGAGCCCUGUGCCUUGAUGUCCUGAAUUCUGUAGAGUAACAUCACUGAUUUUAAGAUUAUAGAAACACUGGAUUAGUGAAGGAGACUGCAGCAUACUGAUUAGAAUGUGCCUCUUUCAAAAGGUCACUCAAAAUGUUUAGUCACUAUGGCUUUGGGGGAUAAGCAGGUAUGGAAAUUCUCAGGACUUCCAAAACCUUCUAUCUGUAUAACUUAGGGCCUUGUCAAGGAAAAUAAUAUAAAGGUUUUGUGGAUUCCUCUGGCCUUUCUGGGCUGUUCACCUAAGGCCAUUGUUGUGCCUUAGAACAAGGAUAGAGAGGAGAGAGCUCCUUAGUCAGCUCUGUGAGAUUUGUGACCCAUCCAGUAUCCAUGUUGAAUGAAGUUUCCACUUCAAAAAUUGCUCACCUGUUUUUGCUGCCACUGAGGCAAGUACUGAACCUGUCCAUUGAGUCAGUAUGGUUGCCAAACCUGAUGUUCUAAAUGAGGCAAUCCUGUCUCUAUUUAAACUAUACAAUUUGGUGAUUUUUUACAUUUAUGUAAGUCCAUGAAACCAUCAAACAAUCAUGAUAGUUUCUGUCACCUCAUACUUACCUUGAAUCUCUUUGUCCUCCAAACAGCCAUUAAUUUGCUUUUCAUUAUAACAGAUUAGUUUGCAUUUUCUAGAACUUUAUAUAAUUGAAAUCAUGAAGUGUUUAGUCUUUUUUUUUUCCUUUCGGUACCCUUCUAUGACAUGUUUAUUUUGCAAUUCAUCAGUGGUGCUUAUAUGAGUAGUUCUUUUAUAUUAUUGAGAAUUAUGUUCUAUCACUGUACCACAAUUUAUUUAUUCAUCUGUUUAUGGAUAUUAUUUCUAGUUUUGGCUGUUACAAAUAAAAGCCAUAUAGAAAUUGGA